AUGGCGAUGAUGACUGACCGUGUGCUGCUGGUGUGUGCCCUCUGCGUGUUGUGGUGCGGUGCUGCAGUGGUGGCGGUCGGUGAUGUUAUUGGAGAGGUCGGAAUAAAAGACGAAUCAUCGAAGGCUCUACAGGUUGAUUCUCAGGCGAGGGAAGCAGGAAAGAGGGACGUAAGUGGUCCCGAAGCAGUGGUGCCACGGUUGCAUGAACAGCAAGGAAAGAAUGCCCGCAAGAAUGAUGAUUCGGCCAUACAACCAACAAGACAAGUCAAGGUAGAAGAAGAGGAUCGGGAUCAUUCCGAAGAAGAAGAAGAAAAGGAAAAUGAAGGAUCACUCGAAGGUACGGUGAAGGAUGGAGAAGUAUUACCAUCGCAAGCCGAAGGACAGCCAAGAAGUAACGAACCACCACCACCACCAGCAUCUGGUGGCAGCCGAAACGGUGUCAUUUCUGGUGGAGGUUCUAAAUUAGGUGAAAGUUCUAACGGAGGUGAAGGCCCCACUUUGAAUUCUUCUUCCUCUUCUGGUGAUGGCAAGCCACCUGCUGUUGACGGUUCAGGCUCCGGUGGUGGCACAGGUUCUGUCCCAGGUGGAAAGGGAAUUGGAGGAGGAGGAGGAGGCACUCCUGGGGUUGAGUCUUUGAAGUUCCCUGUUUCUGGUGUUGCUCUUCCGCCCUCAACCCCUGCUGCGGGCAGUGCGUCAUCCGCACAGAACCUGGAAUCUUCAGAAAGAAGUGGGUGGCCAGAACCAACAGUCUCUUUACGGAUUGCACCACUCAACGUGGACGCACGGAAGGAAUCAAAACCCAAAGAUGAGCCACAGACUUUUAGUGCACAAGGAGAAGCAGAACGCCAAGUUACUGAUGAGGAGACAAGCAAAAAAGAGGCAAAAGAGAGUGUCGUUGAGGGGAAACGCCUUUUCAACCUGCCGCAUAACGCCAGCAGCACACCAGCAGGACCAGCAGUACGGCUACCAGAAGGAUCGCAAGUACAGGGAAAUCGAGACGAAGGAGGAGGACUUCCGCCAGAAGCAACAAAAUCAGAGACUUCAACAGGACAAAAACACGGAACGUCACAGUCGCAAAACGAGUCUAGAGGAACAAAAUUCCCUUCAAAGAAUGAAGUGGCAGUACAACACGGUCACGUUACGGUCCCAUCGGAUUCGAUGACGAAUGCAUCCGCCAACAGCCAAGGAGUAACAACAGCACCAUCCAUCUCUACAAGUGGCAGUGAAGAUGCUCAGAGUACGGUGGAUGGAAAUACUGACGAUGAUCAACGACCUAACAAGAAAAAAGCACACAACAACCCCGAAGAUGAUAAUACCAACGUUGCUCCCACGUUCAGUGAGACUGCACAGCAAACACCAGAAACAGUCACUGUCGUCCAAACAAAUGACACGACGCCUGGCGACAGUGACGGCAUCAAAGCCGCCUCCCAAACCACCUCCCCUCUUUUGCUUCUUCUUCUUGUUGUGUGUGCGGCUGCGGCUGCGGUGGUGGCCGCGCGAGAGUGA